AUGAGACUAGUCGUCACCACAGGCACUUUUGGAUUCAAUGAACUAGUCGAUAAAAUAGUUGAGUCGCUUGGCGCUAUUAGCACAAAGUACACAGAGGUUAUCAUACAGUACGGAAGAACAGAGCCAAACUCCCUGAAGAGAAAGAGCACCACAAAUAGUCAAAACUUCUCUCUGAUAAAAGUAGCAUAUUACACUGCAUUCGAUGAUUUUAUCCAGGGAGCUGACUUAGUUGUGUCCCAUGCAGGAACAGGGACUGUCCUUUCCCUCCUCAAACACAAUGCGCCCUUCAUCAUAGUCCCUAACAAAACACUCCUGCACAAUCACCAAGAAGAAUACACGAAUUCUCUACAAGAAACUCUGACAGUUUCGUCGCUCAGCUCACUCGUAGAUGAUAUAAUGGCAGCAAAGCACACACAGCGCACACUGACUGUAUCAUCUACCCUGUGGAGCACACACUUCAUGCCUCUCCUAAAAUAG